AUGCCAAAGGAGGAGGGCCACUCGGCCGAAGCGAUGUUCGCGAUGCUCGCCUUCUCGGCUUGCUCAAGCUCUCUGCUUCUCAUCAACAAGCUCGUCAUCCACUACAUACCAAUGCCGUCGUUUGUCUCGACCGCACAGUUUGCUGUGUGCACCAUCUUCAUACUGGGGCUGCGAAUCACCGGAGCGGCCGAGGUGGACGGAUUCGAGUGGGAGAAGGUCAAGCCUUACCUCUACUACACCAUCAUGUUUGCGCUGCAGUACUCGAACAUCGAGACGAUCAUAGUCUUCCGCUCCUGCGUCCCCCUCGUCGUCUCGCAGCUCGACUACCUCUUCCUCGGCCGCCAGCUGCCCUCGCCGGCGUCGACCGGCGCGCUGCUCGUCCUGGUCGCCGGCGCGGCGGGGUACGUCCUCUCCGACGCGGCCUUCAAGCUCAACGGGUGGAACGCGUACUCGUGGGCGACCGCCUACUUCUUCAUCAUCUCGGUCGAGAUGGCCUACGGCAAGCACAUCGUGGGCCCGCACCUCAAGUUCAAGUCGCUUUGGGGGCCGACAAUAUAUACAAACGCGCUCGCCGUGCUGCCGAUGCUCGCCGCGUCGCGUGCAGACAGCGCCGUCUGGAGCGGCACCCGCCUCCUCCUCCUGCCCCCUCGCCCCUCGCGCACCGCCAUCUCCUUCUUCGGCUGGUACUGCCGCUCGCUCGUUACCGCCACUUGCUACACGACCAACCUGUCGGCCAACGGUUGCAGGCACGCCUCUCCCGUCGGCAUCGCUUGCCUGCUCGUCUGCCUUGCCGGCGCGACCGCCUAUAAGCAGGCGCCGCCGCGGCCAGACGGCACCGACAUUUGGCUGCAUUCCGCCCUCCAGUCGCCUGCCGCGCGCCGCACCGCCGCCGUCGGCAGCGCUGUGCUGCUGCUGGGGGGCGCGGGCACGGCGUUCGUGGCGGGGCGGCAGCCGCAGGCGGGCUCGACGGCGGCUCGGUCGGUCAUGGAGGCCGCGGGAGGGGCGGAAAGGGACCGGCGAGGUCUCUGA